GCGCCGUCGCUCCGCGCCUGCGUAGGAGAGUCGGUAGGCUCGGGUUGCAGGCUCUGGGGCGAUAUAGCUCCUGUCAGUCGGUGGGUCGGUCCUUCCGCCGGCCCUCCCCUCCCCGGUCUCCGGGGGAGGCGCGGUGGAGUCCCCCCCAGGGCCCCCAGAUGGGGGAGAAGCAGCGACGGCGACAGUGGAGUAAUCGAGCCGGAGCGUGAGCGGCCCCGGGGCUCCGUUCCCCGCGGAGGCCAUGGGCGACCCAGCCCCCGCCCGCAGCCUGGACGACAUCGACCUGUCCGCCCUGCGGGACCCUGCUGGAAUCUUUGAGCUGGUGGAAGUGGUCGGCAAUGGAACCUAUGGGCAGGUGUACAAGGGUCGGCAUGUCAAGACCGGGCAGCUGGCUGCCAUCAAGGUCAUGGAUGUCACAGAGGAUGAGGAGGAAGAGAUCAAGCAGGAGAUCAACAUGUUGAAAAAGUAUUCUCACCAUCGAAACAUUGCCACCUACUAUGGAGCCUUCAUCAAGAAGAGCCCCCCUGGAAAUGACGAUCAGCUCUGGCUGGUGAUGGAGUUCUGUGGUGCUGGUUCAGUGACCGACCUGGUAAAGAACACAAAGGGUAACGCUCUGAAAGAGGACUGCAUUGCCUACAUCUGCAGGGAGAUUCUCAGGGGUCUGGCCCAUCUCCAUGCCCACAAGGUGAUCCAUCGAGACAUUAAGGGGCAGAAUGUGCUGCUGACAGAGAAUGCUGAGGUCAAGCUAGUGGAUUUUGGGGUGAGUGCUCAGCUGGACCGCACGGUGGGCAGGCGGAACACUUUCAUUGGGACUCCCUACUGGAUGGCCCCAGAAGUCAUCGCCUGUGAUGAGAACCCUGACGCCACUUACGAUUACAGGAGUGACAUUUGGUCUCUGGGAAUCACAGCCAUUGAGAUGGCAGAGGGAGCCCCCCCUCUGUGUGACAUGCACCCCAUGCGAGCCCUCUUCCUCAUCCCUCGGAACCCUCCACCCAGGCUCAAGUCCAAGAAAUGGUCUAAGAAGUUCAUUGACUUCAUCGACACAUGUCUCAUCAAGACUUACUUGAGCCGCCCGCCUACAGAACAGUUACUGAAGUUUCCCUUCAUCCGAGACCAGCCCACGGAGCGGCAGGUCCGCAUCCAGCUCAAGGACCACAUCGACCGGUCCCGGAAGAAACGGGGUGAGAAAGAGGAGACAGAAUACGAGUACAGCGGCAGUGAGGAAGAAGAUGACAGCCAUGGAGAGGAAGGAGAGCCAAGCUCCAUCAUGAAUGUGCCUGGUGAGUCAACACUACGCCGGGAGUUUCUCCGGCUUCAGCAGGAGAAUAAGAGCAACUCAGAGGCUUUAAAGCAGCAGCAGCAGCUGCAGCAACAGCAACAGCGAGACCCCGAGGCACACAUCAAGCACCUGUUACAUCAGCGGCAGCGACGCAUAGAAGAACAAAAGGAGGAGCGGCGGCGCGUUGAGGAGCAACAGCGGCGGGAGCGGGAGCAGCGAAAGCUGCAGGAGAAGGAGCAGCAGCGGCGGCUAGAGGACAUGCAGGCGCUGCGGCGGGAGGAGGAGCGGCGGCAGGCGGAGCGAGAGCAGGAAUACAAGCGGAAGCAGCUGGAGGAGCAGCGGCAGUCAGAACGUCUCCAGAGGCAACUGCAGCAGGAGCACGCCUACCUCAAGUCCCUACAGCAGCAGCAACAGCAGCAGCAGCAGCAGCAGCUUCAGAAACAGCAGCAGCAGCAGAUCCUGCCUGGGGAAAGGAAGCCCCUGUAUCAUUAUGGUCGGGGCAUUAAUCCCGCUGACAAGCCAGCGUGGGCUCGAGAGGUAGAAGAGAGAACAAGGAUGAAUAAGCAGCAGAACUCUCCCUUGGCCAAGACCAAGCCAAGCAGCACAGGGCCUGAGCCCUCCAUCCCCCAGGCCUCCCCUGGACCCCCAGGACCUCUUUCCCAAACUCCUCCUAUGCAGAGGCCAGUGGAGCCCCAGGAGGGACCACACAAGAGCCUGGUAGCACACCGGGUCCCACUGAAGCCAUAUGCAGCACCUGUACCCCGAUCCCAGUCCCUGCAGGACCAGCCCACCCGAAACCUGGCUGCCUUCCCAGCCUCUCACGACCCUGAUCCUGCCAUCCCCACACCUGCUGCCACUCCCAGUGCCCGGGGAGCUGUCAUCCGCCAGAAUUCAGACCCCACUUCUGAAGGGCCUGGCCCCAGCCCAAACCCCCCAGCCUGGGUCCGGCCAGACAACGAGGCCCCACCCAAGGUGCCUCAGAGGACCUCAUCUAUCGCCACUGCCCUUAACACCAGUGGGGCCGGAGGGUCCCGGCCAGCCCAGGCUGUCCGAGCAAGACCUCGCAGCAACUCCGCCUGGCAAAUCUAUCUGCAAAGGCGGGCAGAGCGGGGCACCCCCAAGCCUCCAGGGCCCCCUGCUCAGCCCCCUGGCCCGCCCAACGCCUCUAGUAACCCCGACCUCAGGAGGAGCGACCCUGGCUGGGAGCGCUCAGACAGUGUCCUCCCGGCCUCUCAUGGGCACCUUCCUCAGGCUGGCUCACUGGAGCGAAACCGUGUGGGAGGUAUCAGUGACCUCUCUUCUCCUGCCUUACUAUAUCCAGCCUCCUCCAAACUGGAUAGCUCCCCAGUGCUCUCCCCUGGGAACAAAGCCAAGCCUGAUGACCACCGCUCACGGCCAGGCCGGCCCGCAGAUUUCGUGUUACUGAAAGAGCGGACCCUGGAUGAAGCCCCUCGGCCUCCUAAGAAGGCCAUGGACUACUCGUCAUCCAGUGAGGAAGUGGAAAGCAGUGAAGAGGAUGAGGAGGAAGGUGAUGGCGAGCCAUCAGAGGGGAGCAGAGACACCCCAGGGGCCCGCAGUGAUGGAGACACAGACAGCGUCAGCACCAUGGUGGUCCAUGAUAUUGAGGAGAUCCCUGGGACCCAGCCCCCAUACGGGGGCGGCACCAUGGUGGUCCAGCGUACCCCUGAAGAGGAGCGGAGCUUGCUGCAUGCUGACAGCAAUGGUUACCCAAACCUGCCUGAUGUGGUCCAGCCCAGCCACUCACCCACUGAAAACAGCAAAGGUCAAAGCCCACCUUCAAAGGAUGGAGGAAAUGAUUACCAAUCUCGUGGGCUAGUAAAAGCCCCUGGCAAGAGUUCGUUCACGAUGUUUGUGGAUCUAGGGAUCUACCAGCCUGGAGGCAGUGGGGACACCAUCCCCAUCACAGCCCUAGUGGGUGGAGAGGGCACUCGUCUUGAUCAGCUACAGUACGACGUGAGGAAGGGCUCUGUGGUCAAUGUGAACCCCACCAACACCCGGGCCCACAAUGAAACUCCUGAGAUUCGCAAGUACAAGAAACGAUUCAAUUCUGAGAUCCUCUGUGCAGCCCUUUGGGGGGUCAACCUGCUGGUGGGCACGGAGAAUGGGCUGAUGCUGCUAGACCGAAGCGGGCAGGGAAAGGUAUAUGGACUCAUUGGGCGGCGACGCUUCCAGCAAAUGGAUGUGCUGGAGGGGCUCAACCUGCUCAUCACCAUCUCAGGGAAAAGGAACAAACUGCGGGUGUAUUACCUGUCUUGGCUCCGAAACAAGAUUCUGCACAAUGACCCAGAAGUGGAGAAGAAGCAGGGCUGGACGACCGUGGGGGACAUGGAGGGCUGUGGGCACUACCGAGUUGUGAAAUAUGAGCGUAUUAAGUUCCUGGUCAUUGCCCUGAAGAACUCUGUGGAGGUAUAUGCCUGGGCCCCCAAACCCUACCACAAAUUCAUGGCCUUCAAGUCCUUCGCUGACCUUCCUCACCGCCCUCUGCUGGUUGACCUGACCGUAGAGGAGGGACAGCGUCUCAAGGUCAUUUAUGGCUCCAGUGCUGGCUUCCACGCUGUAGAUGUCGACUCGGGGAAUAGCUAUGACAUCUAUAUCCCUGUGCAUAUCCAGAGCCAGAUCACGCCUCAUGCCAUCAUCUUCCUCCCCAACACUGACGGCAUGGAGAUGCUGCUAUGCUAUGAAGAUGAGGGAGUCUAUGUCAACACAUAUGGGCGGAUCAUCAAAGAUGUGGUGCUGCAGUGGGGAGAGAUGCCCACCUCUGUGGCCUACAUUUGCUCCAACCAGAUUAUGGGCUGGGGUGAGAAAGCCAUUGAGAUCCGCUCUGUGGAGACAGGCCAUCUGGAUGGGGUCUUCAUGCACAAACGAGCCCAGAGGCUCAAGUUCCUGUGUGAGCGGAAUGACAAGGUCUUUUUUGCCUCAGUCCGCUCCGGGGGCAGCAGCCAAGUUUACUUCAUGACUCUGAACCGUAACUGCAUCAUGAACUGGUGACAGGGCCCUGGGCUGGGGCUGUCCCACGCUGGACCCAGCUCUCCCCCAACAACCAGACUUCCCAGGCCUCUCCUUUAUUCCCCUCCCUGGGCUUUUGCUUUUACUGGUUUGAUUCACUGGAGCCUGCUGGGAACGUGACCUCUGACCCCCAAUGCUUUUGUGAUCACGUGACCAUCCUCUUCCCAACAUAUUCUUUCCCCAAAACUGUGCCCAUCCCCAACUUCUGGGGAGGGACACAGCUUCCCCUUACCAGAAAUCAAAUGGGCCUAGCCCCUCCCCCCCUUUCUCUACUUAAGAGGAGAAUGCUGGGGCUUGGACCCCUUACCCCACUGCUGCUGACUGGGCAGGGCCCUGGACCCCUUUAUUUGCACGUCAGGGGAGCCGGCUCCCCCCUUGAAUGUACCAGACCCUGGGGGGGGUCACUGGGCCCUAGGUUUUUGGGGGGUCACCAGCCACUCCAGGGGCAGGGACCAUUUCUUCAUUUUCUGAAAGCACUUUAUUGAUUCCCCUCCCCCCAAACCCCAGGGAAUGGAGGAGGGACCCCGCCAGCCAAAACAUUCCCCCUUCCCAAACCCAAUCCCCUCUUUUGGCCUCUGCCCCUCCUUGGAGUGAGGGAGUAGGAUGCUUUCCCCUCCAGCCCCCCUUGCUUGCAUCUGUACAUAGUGUGAGCAGCAAGUAGCCCUUUUCCUCCUUCCUCCGCCCUCCUCAAUGUAGUGGCCUUGGAUAUCCCGUUUGUUAAUAAAGACAAUUCAACCAGCUCCCACCA